AGUAAGUGAACUUUUUUCAACUCAGUGGCAUGUUGAGAAACAAAGCAUUAAGCUAACAAGUAGAAGUAAAAGCAGAGGAUGUUGUAUGACAUGUAUUCAGCUGUGUAAGGAGAAGAAGUUGGUGUUGUUCGGCUAGCGUCUCAAGCAGUUUAAUAGUGGCUGACGAGCUGAACAAGUUUAGCUACCUAACUAUUUACAGACUUAUUUUCUUUAUUGUAACUACAUAUAGAAUUAGUCAACUUUAUUCAGCUACUCUAAGUAAGCUAUCUGGUUAUAUUUCGUGGUGUAGUUGGAACCACUCUUCUACUUUUUCUCAGCAUGACUUGUUGUGAUCAGCAGCAGGGUGAAAUGGCCGCUGUGGAGAGCGGCGGAGGCUUCAGUCAAAAGCGAAACACAAACUCACAAGACUCGCAGCAGCCUUCUCCCCUCGCCUUGUUGGCAGCCACAUGCAGUCGAAUUGACACUCCAGGAGAGAGUGACUCACCUGUAGACCAACAACAUCAGCAGCUGGACAUAAAUCAAGGGGUUUUUACCUCCACUGCCAAUGGCUGGCAAGUUAUCCCCCUCAGCGUUCAAGCAUCCUCAGGCACCAACACCAUCACCACUGACUCCUCAGGUGUGAUGACGGUAGGAGACGCAGGGAAGGGCAGACAAGUGCUGUCACCUGUAAGCACCCAGGGACAGCAGCAGCAGCCACAGCAAUAUGUAGUAGCUCAGGCUCCAUCGAUGCAAGGCCAGCAAGUCCUCACCACCAUAUCAGGCAUGAUGCCCAACAUUCAGUACCAGGUUAUUCCCCAGUUUCAGACGGUGGAUGGCCAGCCCCUGCAGUUGACACAAACUCAACAGGAUUCUUCUGUAUCUGCUGCUGCAGCACAAGGGCAGCAGUUUCAGAUCGUCUCCUCACCUACCGGCCAGCAGAUCAUAGCUGCAACCAACAGAGCUGGCGCAGCAGGAAACAUCAUAACCAUGCCCAGUCUCCUUCAGGGAGCUAUCCCCAUACAAAAUAUCAGCCUUGGCAAUGGCGUGUUACAAAACCAGCCCCAGUUCCUGGCAAAUAUGCCUGUUUCAUUAAAUGGAAACAUCACACUGUUGCCUGUCAGUGCCGGAACAAGCAACGCAACAGCAGAUGCAAACAGUGGAGGGGAUGCAGGUGCAAAUCAACUCAUACAGCAAGUACAAAAUUUAGCAACUUCCACCAGCGGGGUAAGCUACAUGACCAGCGCACCCACCAUUACUACGCAGGCCUCCUCUUAUGGAGUGGCCCAAACACAUAACAGCAACGGAGGCAUGACGGGAACGUUUCAGCAGAACGCAGCAACUUCUCUGGGUGUCCCGAUACAACCAGACAACAGAGAUACACAGCAGCCACAGCAGAUCUUGAUUCAGCCUCAGCAGGUUAUCCAAGGCGGGACACACCUCCAGACCAUCCAGGCCAGUGCCAUGGCAACUGCAGGGGGUCAGGUGUUUGCAGCUCCAACACUCAGCCAGGAAGGGCUUCAAAAUCUUCAAAUCAUGCCAAACACAGGCCCCAUUUUCCUGCGCACUGUAGGCCCCAAUGGUCAGGUGAGCUGGCAGACACUUCAGAUCCAGAGUCCUGCGGGACCACAGAUCACCCUGGCUCCGGUGCAGUCUCUCCCCCAGCUGGGUCAGGCUCAGGGAGCGGGUGCAGCUGGUGGAGUAUCUGUCAACACAGUGCAGAUCCCUGGCAUCCAGACCAUAAAUCUCAACACACUUGGAGGCUCUGGGCUGCAAAUGCACCAGCUGCAGACAGUCCCCAUAACCAUUGCCGGUGCAGGAGAGCAGGCCUUACAGGCAGGAGGGGAGAGUCUGGAUGACAGCACAGCGAUGGAUGAUGAGGACAUAAGCCCCCAACCACAAGGAAGACGUAACAGAAGGGAAGCCUGCACCUGCCCCUUCUGCAAGGACGGAGAAUCACGGGAUCCGACUAAAAAGAAGCAGCACAUUUGUCACAUCUCUGGCUGUGGGAAGAUCUACGGCAAGACAUCCCACCUGAGAGCUCACCUUCGCUGGCACACAGGAGAACGACCUUUCGUCUGCAGCUGGUCUUUCUGUGGAAAACGAUUCACCCGUUCAGAUGAGCUUCAGCGCCACAAGAGGACGCACACAGGUGAGAAAAGGUUUGUCUGUACAGAGUGUCCGAAACGCUUCAUGCGCAGCGAUCACCUCUCCAAGCACAUCAAAACUCACCUAAACAAGAAAGCAGUGGGUGGCGCUGCCAGUGGCACCACCGGCUCCGCUGACGCUGGCUCCCCUGCUGCAGUCACAAAAGUGGAACCGGGAGCAGUGUCAGCAAACGAUCAGCACACCAUUGUCACCAUGGAAACCUUAUCUGCAGAGAGCAUAGCUCGGUUAGCCAGCAGUGGGAUCAACAUGAUGCAGGUGGACCUUCACCAAAUUAACGGCAACAGCUACUGAGGACACAGAGGAGCGGGAGGACGGCUUCAGUGGACGAUGCAUUCAGACAUUUUGGUGUAAAAGGGCAGAAACCUCUAAAGCUUCAGGCAGGAGAGACGGCCACAAGGAAAACAGACACUACCCCAUUUGAGAACUGAGGCAGGAAUGACGAUUUCAAAUUUGUUUUAGGAUAUUGGUGGCAUUUAAGGGUCAGAGCAGGACUCAAAUGUUAGGUGAGAGAUGAAAUCUAGUUUCCCCUGACUGGAAACAGCACUACACUAACAUUUGAUCCACAUGAAGACCCCAUCUUAGGUGAUAGUACGAUUGCAAUAAAAAACACAGACCGACACACCUGGUGUUGAAUUGGUGGAAGUAUUACUCUCUCUACAAGCCUCCUUAGCAGAGAGACGACACUACUAAGUUCAUAGCUUGUGGACCUCACAACUUGUCCUUCCUCUCAGGUGUCUCCUGCCCCUCGACUUACCUUCCCCGCUGUGGCCCAGAACAUCAUAACAAUCCUGAGCAAAAACACGCUUAGUUCUCGCACGUGCUGUAGUAGCAGUAGCAGUUUUAGGGAACCAUGCUAACUAACAAUCCUGCUAUCAUAGGAAUUAUAUGUAAAACGUUAUAGGGUGGAGGGCUGGAAUACAUGAGGUGACGACCAGGUGAAAGCCACCAGCACUAAUCAGUGUGAGGAUGUAGGUGUGUCAGGCCACUGAAAUCCUGAGAAUAACUCUUUAACCUCUUAUGUGGGUACACACGUUCAAGCCAUCAUGCUUUGAUAUGUUUAUCAUAGCAAAAACAUUUUGAUUUUUUAUGUAAGUAUAUAUAUUUUUGGUAAUGUAAAGGCUACAAAAAUUCUUAGCUUUGGCAGGAUCAUCCUUCACGAUUGCAAGAGAUUGCCUUUCAGUUAUUUGAACCUCUCAUGCACAAUCAAUCUUAAACUUAUAUUAUUACUUUUAUACAUAUAUAUGUAGAUUAAAUGUGUAAACUUACCAGCCUUUCUGUCAUAGAAUAAUGGAUUCUAUACAGUCCAGAUCUUCCUAUUCACUUUUUUUCCCCUGUGGUAUAUCUGUCAUCCGAGACCUUGCCUUGCAGUCCCUGCAGUCUCUCUCUUUCGGUGGAACGUUUCUUAUUUAGUCACAUCUGGUCAGAGUCAAAUAUUUUGUAAUGAUGUCCAGACAGCAUAAAUGUGUAAGCUCAAAACCAAAGGUUCAUACUCCUUUUAUAAGCAAAAUUACAACAUCUUUCUUUGGUCCAUAAACUUUCUAAUUUUUACUCUUGCUAUUCAUAUGUUAAAGUUCUAACUGGAAAUGAUCCAGCUUGACUCGGACACACAGCUCUUUGUUGUCCAAAUAUAUUAAGUUGCAAAAUGUUUUAAGGGUCAAAGUUUUCUUAGAUGCUCCUCACCUCUGUUGGGUUAUGUUUCUUUGAGUCAGAAUUCAGCUUUAUUUGAGAAAGAAAAUUGUAUCUUAUAUUUUGUCAGAAAAAUGUGUUUAAAGUCUAUAAACUUUCUUCAUCGGACAACAAGUGCUCUUAUUUUUCUGCCCCGUUUUAAAUAAGGGAUUUUAUAUUGUGUGUAUACAACUACUGCAAAUGCCAACAGCUGGAUUAAAAUGAUGAAUACACUUUG